UCUGCAUUCAUUGUUAUAGUGUUCUAAAGUAAUUUAUCUGCAACUUACGCACAUGUUGCGGCUUGUGCCACGUGUGCCGGUUUUUUAACCUUCACAUUGUUGUGCAUUUUAUCGUUCACCAUUUGCCCCUCUUUGAGUCACCUGCCGCGCCAACUUUACGAUGAUGUGUAUCUUUUCCAUACUCUUUCGCUUGAUUAGUUUCUGGGUGUCCAUGCUCCAGCUCUGCUUAAAUCUCCCGUUUCCUAAUAGGACAGUUUCACCUCAGUAGGUCCUACUGAAAUACAUGUUUUGAUUUGUAUACAAUGGACCGAAUUUGAUAAUUGUGGCAUUUUAAUGAAUAUGUUACAAUAUCUACACUGCCUGGAGCACAUCCUUCAAGCAUUAGAACAUUUUUUGAAGGAGGAACAAGUAGCACGCGUUACCGAAGGGUAGGAUACUGUGGCACAAGAAAGUGCCCAGGAAGCAAAAAAAAAAAAAAAGCACGUGGAAUGUGAUGUAAUAAUCACAUUUAACUGGGGACGUAUUAUUUAUUAUUUUAUGUAUGUUUGUACGUUUCUUUUUUCAUUGGUUUGAAUAAAGUGUGCCUGAAUGAAGACAAUUGAAGAGAAUAAUCACGAAGUAUAAUACGGCUGCCUGAGCACUUUGCAGUCGCAACUUGACAUGAAGCUCGUAACAGAAUGGCAAACACAUAGUUACUUCUGGCACACAUUUUUCGGCUGUCUAUAAACCUCUUGAAUUUAUUUUCUUAUUUAGAUCUUACUACGUGGCCGCUACACUUGAAGAAGUAAGAUUAAGAAAUUCUGCACAUCGUGAUUUCUGAAAUAUUGGCAUGGUAAGCAACGAAAACUGAGCAGCGAGAACUGCUCGAUUUGUUUUUCAUCUUUCCCCAAUGGCUUAUGAAAUCAGUGUUCUGAUUAGGUAGACGCUAUUUACGUAGAUUAAACCAGGAAACGUCUCACCGGAAUAGCGGCACCGUUAAGCGAAGUCUUGCUUGAUGUGUUCAUUAUCGUCAUGUGUCGUCAACUCAGGUCGGAGCAGCGGAUUACACAUGGCGUGGAAGCCUGCGUGGGCAAGAUUCGCCAGGUUGUCGAGCGUGGCGGAGUGGCCUCUCCCAAGCCCAGCGUCGGCGUCUUGGGCUGGAACCGGCACAUCCACCUGCGUGACACGCUGCCGUGUGUGUUGCGGAUGCCAAACUCCACCAAUGCUGUGGGCAACAGUGAGACGAACGGCGUGGCGACUCGAAGCAGCUGCCUUAGGAGGCUACACGCGAGGUUCGCCCAGCCCAGAGCAGACGGCAUUUCGGCGGCGCACGCGAGCAACGGCGCACAAUGACGACUGAGGAUUCGCUCGUCGUCUCGUGCAGCCGUCACGCUUCCAUCUUCUCGGCAGCACCCUGUCCAGGCUGUUGCUGCAGAACAACUCGCGGCUCUCUAGGCAGCCUUACUGUCACCUCAGCUGCCUUUGUCUUAAGCUGAAGACACGACGGUGCGGUCACUGCUUGCCUGGUGACAGGCGACCUUCACGUAGACUCCCUCUGCUGGUAGCGCGGGUUCGAUGGGCGCAUUUGGAAGCGGACUGGGGCCCCCCCUACAUUGAUGUACCAGUCUCUUUGGCCGCAGUAAACGCUGCGAGCGAGUCUCCGUGUCGCCAUCUGGGGGAUGAUCGUGCAGCGAAACAGAUUCGCCACUAGCGACGAGCGCCGGCAUUUUUUUUCUGUAAAUUUUUGGACUCUUUCAAUUUAUUUGUGUGUAUGUAGCAUUGUUAAAUGGCUUUCAAAUAUAGUAUAUUGUGAUUGAA